CACAUUCUUCUGGUUAUCUUCAAAAAGAGUGCUACAGGUGUCAGUUUACAAUUCGACUUUUCGAUUAAAUUUUUUCUAAUUAGUUUAGAUUUUUCGUGGUGCGGCAGUAUGAAGGGUAACGCGAGCCGAAUUAUGAUGUUCCUGACCAGCCUUAUGGGAAGCAUCUCGUACUCCUCGGCCUUUUGGUUCUCCUCGUCGGUCCCAGAAGUACCGAAAUCCGAACCAAGCCCUAGACUGCUUUAUUCGGAUUCUUUUAAUAACUACAAGCAGUACAUGCCUUCUGCCCCGCCGAUUUAUACGGUACCGUUUCCAGUGCCUCUUCCGGCGCAAUUGUCUCCAGCUUCGGUGCAAAAUGUCCAAUUGGUGCCUUGCUUAUGUCCGAUCACCCAGGAGUAUCCGUAUGAGAAUAAAAACGACGUGCCAGCAAGGAAAAAUAAUGGGGCAUUUGUGCAAACUACUUAUAGUAAUUUGGGGCAGUUUGCCCCGGCUGGACAGUACCAGAAUUCUCAUAUUACUCAUUCUAGUACUGCCCAAAGAAAAUGAAAAUUUAUUUGUAAUGAUUUAUGUUAAGGAAAUUUAAUUAUUCAAUUUUAUCUUUCUUGUUAUAAAGUUGAUUAAAAGACCAGGAGGAGAAUUUAUAAUUUGUUUAGUGUUUAAUAUUUAUUUUCUGCUUAUCACUUUUUUUUUGUAGUUUUAUUUAUUUUAAUAAAGACUGUUAGUUUAGAUUCAA